UAGAUAAUUCAACUUCUGAAUUAAUUGCACUCGAUUCUUAAAAACUUUUUCAACAGUUUCUAAAAAUCGUAAAUUUCCCUUUUGAAUUUGUUAUAUUAAUCUUAUCACACGCCCGUUAUCAUGCUUAUUUCAUCUAAAUUAGUGCCGAAAAUAAAUAAUAUCUCACCAUUUUACCUGAGUACUAGAGAUCUACAUAAUAAGAGAUUAAAAGGAAAAGUGGCAAUUGUAACAGCAUCCACUGACGGAAUUGGAUAUGCUAUUGCUAAGAGACUUGGAGAUGAAGGAGCAUCUGUAAUAGUAAGCAGUAGAAAAGAAGAAAAUGUCAACAAAACAGUUUCUACUCUCAAAAAUGAUGGCAUCAGUGUGGAAGGUGUUGUUUGCCAUGUAGCUAACAAAGAUCACCGAAAGAAGUUGUUUGACAUGGCAGUCAACAAAUUUGGCGGUUUGGACAUCCUUAUAUCAAAUGCUGCUGUAAAUCCAACUGUCGCAACAACGCUUGAAACACCCGAGGAAGCGUGGGAUAAAAUAUUUGAUGUAAAUGUAAAAGCGUCAUGGCUGCUCGCAAAAGAAGCAUACCCUGAAUUAAAAAAGAGAGGGGGCGGAAGCAUUGUCUUUAUUUCUUCUAUAGCUGCUUACCAACCGAUUUUUCCUUUGGGACCUUACGGAGUAAGUAAGACGGCAUUGCUGGGACUAACCAAAGCACUCGCCACAGAACUUGUGCACGAUAACAUAAGAGUGAAUUGCGUUGCCCCGGGAAUAGUUGCCACGAAAUUUGCAUCUUUUUUAACUGAAUCGGAAUCGGCUCAAGAACGUGCUUUAGAGACUGUGCCUAUGAAGAGAUUUGGAAAACCUCAAGAGAUAGCGGGUACUGUAGCAUUCGUGGUAUCUGAAGACGCUAGUUACAUGACAGGUGAAACAAUAGUUGUAGCCGGUGGCUCUCAGGCGCAUUUGUAGCAUUAAUUUUCUUUUAAUGAAAGAAUAAACUUUUAUGAUAAGCCAGAUGAAGUAUUUAAUAUUAUAUUAUGGGUUAUAAUGUUGUUAUUUUUUAUGUAAUAUAUAAGUAAUGAUGUAUAGAAAUUUAUAUAUUAAUAAAAAAUGGAAUAAUUGUAAUAGCCGUUUCAAUUACACGUCUUCCUCAUAAAUUGAGUUUACAAGAUGCUUGGGUUCAAAUACUGGAU